CACAUACACAUGCAGGCAUCUGAGGAGGAAGAAAUAGACAUCGACAUAUCAGAUGUUGUUGUUGGAGGAUCAUGACUCAUGGUACGGCAUUACCCGGGCACUUUGACAUAGACCUUACUGUCUUCUCACCAAGUCUACACCCAAAGAAGCGUAGAGUAACAGAACAAAUGUAUAAAAAGGGUAUGGAACUGAUCAUGGACUGUGAAGCAGCUGGAGGCCGAUCGACAGAGAACGACCUCAAUGUCACCAACAUCCACCAUGUCCCUGCAUGACGAGUUAUCUCACUCCAUGAACAGUCUGGACAUGAUACCUGAGGCUACUUCACCACGGCAAUCGAAACAAACUUCACCACAACCUACGGAGGACAUGUCUGCUGAUCUAGUGGUGAACUUUGAACCAGAACUGGACUUCUACUGUUCACCGACUAGCACAUUGCGUCGUGCGUCAAUGCGAUCGUUGCAAUCGGGUCUGAGCACUCUUCGCAGAGUGGAUCACCAGGAACUCAUGGCCGCCUGGUCUACCAGUUCAGACGAUGACAGGGACUCCCCCUGUCCAAGGUGUAAGAACAUGCAGGAGAUGGUGACCAACUAUCAACAGGAAUUGAGCCUCGUCAACAAGCAGCUGUUGUCAGCGGUCGAGCAGAAAAUUAAACUGCAGGAACAAAAUGAAGCUUGGCAGAGUGACAUGGCUGAAAUAGUACAUCAGAACCUCUACCAGAGACUGGAGCAAGACUCCCCAGCUAGGAAGGAGAAACUGAGCAAAUCUCCAAAGAGAAAGAUGUUCACUUCGAAUAAAGAUGAUGCAGAAAAGAUAUUCAAACAUGAAUUCAUAAAACAUUCAUGGCUCUUUUGAAACUUAGCUUUUGCUACAUUUCGUGUUUUUUGACUCUGUUUUAUACUCAUCCUUCUGCUAACACAAGUGCAAAGUCCUGCUGUAUAAUCUUAUAAUUAUAUAGGGUCAAUAAGAACAAGGCCCCUCAAAAAUAAUUUGCCAA